UCUAAAGUUCUCUUCUCUUUGAACCACAUUGUGGUUUGUAGGGUUUUGGGUUAAAAAAAAAAAAAAAAAAGCUUUUUCAAUUUGCCAUUUAGAGUGGAGCUGCCACCAAAAUGCAGAUUUUUGUGAAAACUCUUACAGGGAAGACCAUUACCCUCAAGGUUGAACCCUCAGAUAUGAUAGAAAAUGUAAAGGCCAAAAUCCAGUAUAAGGAAGGAAUUCCUCCUGAUCGGCAAAGACUGAUCUUUGCUGGCAAGCAACUGGAAGAUGGACGUACUUCGUCUGACUACAACAUUCAAAUGGAGUCUACUCUUCAGCUUGUGUUGAGACUGCAUGGUGGUGCUAAGAAAAGGAAGAAGAAGUCUUACACCACUACCAAGAAGAAUAAGCACAAGAGAAAGAAGGUUAAGCUGGCUGUCCUGAAAUAUUAUAAGGUGGAUGAGAGAGGCGAAAUUAGUCGCCUUCAUCAAGAGUACUGCCCUUCUGAUGAACGUCCGGCUGGAGUGUUUAUGGCAAGCUUCCUCAACAGACGUUACUGCGGCAAAUGUUGUCUGACUUAUGGCUUCAACAAACCAGAACACAAGUAA